AUGGUGCUGAACAAUGCCAAAAAGAAACCGAGCGGACGCCCCAAGUCAGAGAAACAAGAACUACUUGAUUUGAAGAAUUUGAGCAUGGAAUGGGAUGCGAAUGAGGAGAUCCGCAACCGUCUCAGGGAGGGAUCUGGCUUGCUGGUAGAUGGAAAAGGUGAGGACAUUCCGUCCAUCUUAGCCAACUUAGGAGUCUUACAGCCAUUCAUCACCAGAAUGAGCUUGACAACUACCAGGCCACUUCCGCUAGUAGAGACACUACGUGAUGAAGUUGAGGCCAUCUACCUACGAAACAAAAGGGGGUCCAAUCCUGAAGAUGUACCAGAUGUCAUCGGAAUUGGCUGGAAGAUUAGAAAAAUGCUGACUUACGUAAAGAUGAAGGAAGUGGUAGAUGAAGUCAACAAGAAGAUCGCGCAGCGCAAGGCUGCCCGGGAGGCUGCCCGCAAGCUUGGUCAGGACUACUGGGCACUGCCAGAUUUAAUACAUGAAGAUGAUUCAGAUAGCAAUUCUGAAGAUGUAGACGGUCAAGGCGAUGGAGGGGAUGACAACGAAAGCUCGGAAGAGUCUGAUGGAGAAAGCAAUGAUGAGGUUCAGGAGACAGAGGCAAAAACUGAACCAGGAAAACAUGAGGCGGUUGGGGAAAGAGGGACGAUGGGGGACACUGGCACUCCCAGCAACAACGUGCAGAAGAAGGUGGAAGCCCAGGUGCUGGAGGCCAAGGUUGUUGUAGCGGCAGAAAGUCAGAAGCCAGAUGAUACCCCAAACACAACCGUGACCGCAAAGACACAUGAAAAGUUAGAUACCAAACCGGUUCCUGGUGUGUCCGUGUGCAGUCCCAAGCCAGAGCAUGACAUAGCAAAAACACAGCAGGGUACCACACCUUCAGCACCAGAAGAGAAAGGCAAAGCCGAUGGGCAAGGAAAGGGUUGUAGCUUUGUUAGCAACAAGAAUGAGAAUUAUGUUAUCAUAUACAUUCUUUACCAGUUUUUCAUGUGUGUUGCCAAAUUCAUUUUGCCGACCCAAAGGUAA